ACAUCAAAAUUUUAAUUAAUUAUACAUUACCGCCCCCAAUUUCCAACCGUAAAUUUUUCACUCAACUCUGCAAUGCUUUCCAUGGCGAACCGCCUCCACAAGUCUCUCUUCCAAACCGCUCGUCACUUCCGAACCGCCGCCGGUUCAUCACCAUCACCUCCUUCGCGACGUCGGCCGAAGCACGCGGUGGCGACGAUGAAAAAGACCGAAGAUAAGUCGGAAUGGUGGGUAAUCGACGGCGAAAUGCACGAAAUCGGAGAGAACGUGCCGCCGCGAGAGAGAUUCGUGAUUCCUAGAGAUAAUAUUCCUAAUAAGCGUCGUAAGCAGCUCCGUGAACAGUUUAUGCGCCGCACUCGUCUCGUUCUAAAAGAAUCGGAGCAUGAGCCAUGGUGCAGAAGGUACAUGGAACUGUAUCAGGAGCUUAGAGAGAAUUGGGAGAGGUUGUACUGGGACGAAGGUUAUUCUAAGAAACUUGGUCAGGAUCAUGCCAAAUACGAUUCUGCUGAAGAUGACGAUCAGGAUUUUUCACCAUACAGGAAUAGAGCGCCACAUGCUGAAAUGAAGAAUCAAACAUUUGAGAGGAAUAGGCAAGAUGAUGUGUGGCAAAAGGCUAGCCAAAUCAGAGAUAAGUUUGAAUUUGAUAGAGAGAGAAGAAUGAGGGAAAAGGCCUUUGCACCUAUGAAUUAUGGAGGAGGUGGUUUCGUAAGAGAUGAUACACCAUCAAGAAAUCAGCCAUUAGAUGCACAAAGAUACUUCUCGGAGCCUGACAGCAGUGACUGAGUGUACCUCAGUUUACCAAGAAAAACCUUCCUGAAUAUACAUUUAGAUGCUCGCCUUGAUCUUGAAGAGAGUUGUAGCAAGAGUUCUACUGAGAAGGUGAUGGUAUAUUAAGGCCAUCAAAGUCUUAACUGGUUCAGGCCUAUUAGCAGCUUGCCUCGUUCAAGUUCUCAUCCUCAAACAGAGGAGAUGACCGAGUCUCAGUGACUUUGAAGUUGUACUGGCUAGACAUUCUGUGAACACAAUUUAGACCUAUUAUCAGAAUAUAUGGUUGUGUAAUUUGCUGUAUCCUUAUUUAUCUCUUUUAGAUGCGAGUUGCUAAACAAUGUACAGAAAAAAAUCCCAUCAUAUGCAUGAGAUUUUGAAUUUUCCUUUGUGAA